UUUUCAUCACUCUCAAUUCCAUCCAUCAAAGCUCAUUACCUUCUCUUUUCUCUUUCAACAAUGGCUGCUUCCACAAUGGCCCUCUCUUCCCCAACAUUCGCCGGCAAGGCCGUCCAAUUGGCCCCGGCCGAGAUCUUCGGAAGUGGAAGAAUCUCCAUGAGGAAAACCGCGGGCAAGCCCGUUUCCUCUGGAAGCCCAUGGUACGGCCCAGACAGAGUCAAGUACUUGGGCCCAUUCUCUGGCGAGCCCCCAAGCUACCUCACUGGUGAGUUCCCUGGUGACUACGGUUGGGACACUGCUGGACUCUCAGCCGACCCAGAGACCUUCGCCAAGAACCGUGAGCUCGAAGUGAUCCACUCCAGGUGGGCCAUGCUAGGAGCUCUCGGGUGCGUCUUCCCCGAGCUCUUGGCCCGCAACGGCGUCAAGUUCGGCGAGGCUGUGUGGUUCAAGGCUGGAGCCCAAAUCUUCAGCGAGGGCGGCCUUGACUACUUGGGCAACCCUAGCUUGGUCCACGCGCAGAGCAUCUUGGCCAUCUGGGCCACCCAAGUCAUCUUGAUGGGCGCAGUUGAGGGAUACAGAAUUGCUGGAGGCCCACUUGGAGAGGUUGAAGACCCACUUUACCCAGGAGGCAGCUUUGACCCAUUGGGCCUUGCUGAUGACCCAGAGGCUUUUGCUGAGCUUAAGGUGAAGGAGCUCAAGAAUGGUAGGUUGGCCAUGUUCUCUAUGUUUGGGUUCUUUGUUCAGGCCAUUGUUACCGGAAAGGGUCCAUUGGAGAACCUUGCAGACCACCUUGCUGACCCAGUUAACAACAAUGCCUGGUCAUACGCCACCAACUUUGUCCCCGGAAAGUGAAUGAGGCUUUUAAGAGAGACGCGGAUUUGAAAUUUGAGUGUGGGAUUUGUUCAUGUUGUAGAUUGGUGUGAAGUGUGAACCACCAUGUGAAUCAUUAUAUAUGGAAAUCUGAAUGGAGUAAAUUUCUUA